AUGAACAUUGUUUAUGUUACGCUGACUCGUAAGGAGUUCCAAGGGAAAUCAGGUUGAUUUUUCGAAAAAAUAAAUUCAAUUUUAUCUAUAUUUUAGGUUGUCUCCAAUGCAUUUUGAGUAUCUCCCACAUUUGGAGCCUUCUGAUGGAACUUCCAAAUUCAUUCCUAUUAUUGAAUGCUCAGCGAGUGACAAGAAGAACUUGCUACAAAAUCAUCUUUUCCUACAUUUUCUCAAUCUCUUUCCAAGCUUGUAUGUGGCUGAUGCUCCUCAUUGACAUUUACAUCAUGAUCCUUUUGCCUAUCUGGUAACUUUUUCUAAUCUUUUCAUCGAAAAAGAAGUUUUUCUAGGUACAUGAAAGCCAAAACUACGGUUUAUGUAAUCUUGAUGGUUCUACCGCCUACGAUUUAUGGGACUAUCACGAUGUUGGGCGGAUUCUUGUACAUGGACGACGAAGUAAUCCUUUUUUGUAAUCCUCCUAUCGGUUAG